GUUUUCCAACUAUUCCUACUCCCUGCACACUCCUUGCCGGAAACUAAUCUCAGUUUCAAAUUUUUGCUGAUCUCUAUCUCACCUCUAAUAUCUUGAAAAAGGGGUAAAAAAAAAAGAAUUCUGCUUUGUUGUCAAACUCAAAUCAAACUGCAUGCAUCCCUUGAGCUUUCUCCAGCUCACGACUCUGUACCCCUUUGUCAAUUUUUCUAUUUUCACUCAUACUCACUUCUGAUUCUCCUUUUCAUCUCUUUGCUUGGAGCAAGUCCUCUGCUCCUUUCAUCUCCUAGUUUGGUUUCAUUUGUUGCACUGGCUUCUCUGAUUGCUGUUAUUUCUGCUUUGAUACGUUACCCUUUUUUUUUUUAAUUUCUCCGUCACCAUCAGUUUUCCCAAGCAAGCUAAAAGGGAGAGGCAAAAGCAGUCCGCCGUAGCUGAAAUGACAGAUAUUGUUAUUAGAAUUGCUGCAAAAGUUGGAGAGUACUUGGUGCCUCCAAUUGGACGCCAGCUAAGAUAUCUGUUUUGCUACCGGAGCUAUACGGAUGAUCUCGACAACAAGGUUCGGGAGUUGGAGGGUGUGAGGGAUGUCCUUCAGAGAAUUGUUGGUGACGAAACGAAAAGAGCGGGGUAUGAAAUCAGAUCUACUGUUCAAGACUGGCUGAAUUGUGUAGCUAAGAUUACAGUUGAGGCAGAGAAAUUGAUGAAUGAUGAAAACAAUGGCUGUUUCAAUGGGUGGUGUCCUAAUUUCAAGUCUAGGUACCUGCUAGGCAGGAAAGCAGAAGAGAUGGCGCAGGAAAUUGUUCAAAUAAUAAAAAAAGGGAACUUCCCUGACGGAGUAUGUAAUCGUGUCCCUUUACGGAGCUUAACCUUUAAAAAUUUUGAAACUUUUGAAUCGAGAGCAUCGAUUUUGAACCAAAUAAUGGAUGCAUUGGGAGAUGAUGAGAUCAAGAUGAUUGGAGUAUGGGGGAUGGGCGGUGUGGGCAAAACCACACUGGUUAAACAAGUAGCCGAACAAGCUAAGCAAGGGAAUCUGUUCACAACAGAAGUCUACAUAGAUGUAUCCUGGACUCGAGACCUGGAAAAACAUCAAGAAGGAAUCGCUGAAAUUCAACAGAAAAUUGCAGGGAAGUUACAUUUGGAGUUUACGGGGAAGGAUGAAUCCACAAGAGCAGUUGAACUGAAUCACAUACUGAAGAAGGAGAAGAUCCUUCUUAUCUUAGAUGAUAUUUGGAAGGUGAUAGAUCUGGAGCAAGUUGGAAUUCCUUGUAAAGAUGAUCGGACGGCAUGCAAAGUAGUGUUGACGUCAAGGCAGCAUGGCAUGUUAUCUAAGGAUAUGGGUACUUGUAAGGACUUCCAUGUUAAUCAUCUGUGUGAUGAGGAAGCUUGGAAAUUAUUUCAAAGGAUUGCAGGUGAUUUCGAGCAGGAGCAUGAUUUGCGGCCCAUAGCAACUGAAGUAUUAAAAAAAUGUGAGGGUCUUCCAGUAGCUAUUGUAACAAUUGCAAAGGCACUAAAGGGUGACAAAGUGGCUGAUUGGAGGAAUGCCUUGCAGGAGCUAAGAAUGUCUACACCAACAAACAUAAAUGGAGUGACUGAAAAUGUGUACUCUUGUCUGGAGUGGAGCUACAAGCAUUUGAAAAGUGCUGAAGCAAAGUCAUUGUUCUUGCUCAUUGGUUCACUGGGCGAUGGUGAUGUUUCAUUGCAGGACUUGUUGAAAUAUGGCAUGGGUUUGGAUUUGUUUGAUAACAUCGAUUCAUUGGAGCAAGCAAGAGAUAGAGUAGUUGCCCUAGUGAAAAUCCUCAAAGACUCAAGCCUGUUGCUUGACCCAUUUGAAGAUGGGCACUAUUAUGAACGUGGGAGUUUAAUUUUUGCGGAGGAAGAUAACGGGUUUGUCAGAAUGCAUGAUGUGGUUCGUGAUGUUUGCAAAGCAAUUGGAUCGAAAGAUCAUCGAUUUGUGGUGAAAGAAGCUGUUGGAUUACAGGGAUGGCAACAGAGGGAUCAUGAGUUGGGAAAUUGUACUCGUAUCUCUUUGAACUGCAGAGAUAUUCGUGUGCUUCCAGGAGGAUUGGUAUGUCCCAAACUUCAAUUCUUCUUGGUGAAUGGUAACCAGAAUUAUUUGAAAUUUCCAGACGCUUUUUUCAAAGAGAUGAAAGAAGUCAGAGUUUUGAGGUUGUUUAGAAUUUGGGGUACACUAGAGUCUUCAUCACUUCACCUUCUCUCAAAUCUUCGAACAUUGUGUCUACAUAAUUGUUGGAUUGGGGAAGGCAGAAAAAUACUUGGAGAACUGAAGAAACUACAAAUUCUUAGUCUUGUAGGUUGUGGUUGCUUUGAAGUGCUUCCCAAAGAAAUGAGUCAAUUGACUGAUCUAAGGAUGUUGACUUUGCGUGGCAAAAAUUUUCUUGAUCCAGAAAAUGUGAUAUCAAGUCUAUCUCAGUUACAGCAUCUCUGUAUUAGAAAUGCUUUCAGGGUACCGGAGAGAGGAAUUGCCUAUGAGUUGAAACACUUGUCUUGUUUGAGGGCUUUGGAAUUUAAAAUACCAGUUUCAAGUUUGCUUCUGGAUGAUGUAUCCGUUAAGAACCUCACUAGAUAUGAUAUAUCUAUAGGCUCUCUAUCUUACCGGGAUGAAUGUAUAAGGACCUCAAGCAGGUUGAUACUGAAUGGGGUCGAUGUCCUACAUCUGGUGAGGUGCUUCUCCAGGCUGUUAAAGACAGUUGAAGUUCUAAAUUUGAAGGGCUUGAAUGAUACAAAACAUUUUUUUAAUGAGUUAGACUGCGGCGGUUUUCCUAAACUCAAGUAUCUGUCUAUCUCUCUGAGUGGUGCGAUGCAAGACAUCAUCAAUACAAUGGACAAGGAAUGGGUCGACCCACCACAUAGUGCCUUUCCUUGCUUGGAGGAAUUACGGCUUAGAGAUCUCGAGCAAUUGCAAGCAGUAUGGCGUGGCCCAAUUUGGAUUAGUUGUUUUACCAACUUGAGAGCUCUGAUAAUAGAGAAAUGUAAGAGCUUGAAAUAUAUCAUAUGGCUUCCUACAACACAAGCAAGGGAAUCAGUACUAGUGUUUCCUCAACUGGGAUCCUUGAAGCUGGGACGUCUGCCAAAUCUCAUUAACUUCUACUCCACGGGAGCCAGUGGCAGCCAGGAGCCAUGCAGCUCUUUUUUCAAUCAGGUAUGUUAGAUUUUCAUUUUCAAUUUCUGCCAGUCUUGAAAAUUACGUAGCUAACCUUAUUUUGCUCAUGUAUCCCAAAUUAAGGAAAUUGAUUAAUUUUGUCCAUGAGUAAACUCUUAUUAAGACAGUGGAUUGUGAGAUCCCUCUAUCAUCUGUAUUUUGCCUCUCUUCCGCAUACCAUUUUUCUGUUAUAUUCAUUUUUUUUUAAGCUUGUAAACAUACUUAUAUUAUUUAGGCCACAGAUAUGUAUAUUUUCUCCACAAAUAUGUAUAUUUU